GGAGUAGUAGUGUAGAAACCGCUUUCUCUCUCUUCAGUCUCCGGUCCACACAGUCUGCUCAUCAGCCGAUGGAGUAGAGCUCCUCUUGACACGCAGAGAGCAGGUCACCAGGUUACUCCCCUAUGAUGCGCUGCCUGCUGUUACCGUGAGCGGUAUCAGCUGUAGCUAGCGCGGAAGAGCGGCAGGUCGCUUCCAGGGUCUCCCCAGCCUAAACGGCACUAUCCAUGGAUAGUUCGCCAAGUGCGCUUCUUCAGAGGGCUGUUGGUGUCCGGUUUCCCUGAAUCUCUCUCUCUCUCUGUCACUCCCUGGCUGGCUCUCUCAGUGUUAUCGCGACCCACCGGGAGUUUGGAGACGACACAAUCACCACCCAACACGCGCUCGACCAGGGCCAGGCUGUGCGAGUCACGGAUCGCUCCCGAGCCGCCCUGCGCGCUCGCCCUCGCGCUCGCCCCUAUGGAGGGGGACGUGAUGGACAAGCUGGAGGACAUGGCCUCGGUGUACGAGUUCGACCCGAUCACCGGGAACAUCCCCGCCACUAAAGUAGAGCUCACCGUCUCCUGCAGGAAUCUUCUAGAUAAAGACACCUUCUCCAAAUCUGACCCAUUAUGUGUGCUCUAUACCCAAGGAGUGGAGACCAAGCAGUGGAGAGAGUUUGGUAGAACGGAGGUGAUUGACAACACUCUAAACCCAGACUUUGUCAGGAAGUACAUCCUGGACUAUUUCUUUGAGGAGAAGCAGAAUCUACGCUUUGACUUGUAUGAUGUGGACUCUAAAAGCCCAGACCUCUCCAAACACCCCUCCGAUCUCAACGACUUCUUGGGUCAGGUGUUCUGUACUCUAGGGGAGAUCGUGGGGUCACCUGCCAGUCGACUGGAGAAACCACUGGGAGGGAUAGCUGGGAAGAAAUGUGGCACCAUCAUUCUGUCUGCAGAGGAGCUGGGUAACUGCAGAGACAGCGCGACGAUGCAGUUCUGUGCCAACAAACUGGACAAGAAGGACUUCUUUGGCAAGUCAGAUCCAUUCAUAGUGUUCUACAGGAGCAACGAGGAUGGAACGUUUACUAUCUGCCAUAAAACAGAGGUUGUGAAGAAUACGUUGAACCCAGUGUGGCAGUCAUUCACCAUUCCAGUCAGAGCACUCUGCAACGGGGACUUUGACAGGACGAUCAAGGUGGAGGUGUAUGACUGGGACCGGGACGGCAGCCAUGACUUCAUAGGGGAGUUCACCACUAGUUACAGGGAGCUAGCUCGAGGCCAGAGCCAGUUCAAUGUCUAUGAGGUGGUGAAUAUCAAAAAGAAAAUGAAAAAAAAGAAAUAUGUGAAUUCAGGAACGGUGACCCUCCUCUCCUUCUCUGUGGAAUCAGAGUGCACAUUCCUGGACUACAUCAAGGGAGGGACCCAAAUCAAUUUCACUGUGGCCAUCGAUUUCACUGCGUCUAAUGGUAACCCGUCCCAGUCCACCUCUCUACACUACAUGAACCCGUAUCAGAUGAAUGCCUACGCUAUGGCCCUGAAGGCUGUAGGGGAGAUCAUCCAGGACUACGACAGUGAUAAGAUGUUCCCUGCUCUGGGGUUUGGAGCCAAACUGCCCCCUGAUGGACAGGUCUCACACGAGUUCCCUCUGAACGGUAACAUAGACAACCCUUACUGUAAUGGUAUAGACGGCAUCCUGGAAGCCUACCACCAGAGUCUGAAGACUGUUCAGCUCUACGGCCCAACCAACUUCGCCCCUGUAGUCAACCAUGUGGCCAGGUAUGCUGCAGCGGUUCAGGACGGGUCCCAGUACUUCGUCCUCCUCAUCAUUACAGAUGGGGUCAUAUCAGACAUGGCUCAGACCAAGGAGGCCAUCGUCAACGGGGCUAAACUGCCCAUGUCCAUCAUCAUCGUCGGAGUGGGACAGGCUGAGUUUGACGCCAUGGUGGAGUUGGAUGGUGAUGACAUCAGAAUCUCUUCCAGAGGGAAGCUGGCAGAGAGAGACAUUGUCCAGUUUGUCCCGUUCAGAGACUACAUGGAUCGCACAGGGAACCAUGUCCUCAGUAUGGCCCGGCUAGCCAAGGACGUCCUGGCUGAGAUCCCUGAUCAGUUCAUCUCCUAUAUGAAGAGUCGGGGCAUCAAACCCAACCCUGCACCGCCCCCCUACACACCCUCCGGACACACACACCACACACAGAUCUGACCACCUCACACACACACACACACCUUUACACUGAGUACUGAUGAGAGAGACGGCGUCAAAGAUUUGCAACCCCUAGGAAUCCUGGGAGGGGAACUCUCCAUCUACUUCCUGAUUGGAACAUUGGGACAGGAAGUGAUGUAAGAGGAAGUUGUUAAAGCGAAAGGAGUUUGUGUCAGAACUCUCCCAGAUAGAUACCUCUCAGGACUGGGGAAGACAGUGUUUCUGUUAGUUGUGGUUCUAUCUAUUCUGUUUGUCUCUCUGGAGGAAAAGAGAGACUGCCAUGGAGAGACUAUAGGUUGCUGUACCAUACAAGGACUUGGUGAUCUAUGAAUUGUCUUUUUAUCAACAUACAUGGGCCAGUGACUGUUUUUUCUUGUCUUGUUUGAGAGCAGGUGUGGUCGAGGGGUCAUGUUGUGGUUGAAACUUGUGCCUGUCUGUGGAGUGGUCUUCUAACUGUAACGGGACAAGUGGAACCCUUAUAUGAACUCUGACCUCUCACCUUCAACCUUUGAUCUUGCUAGUCAUUGGUGUAUUAGAGUGUGUGUGUUAAGGUGGUGAUGUUUUUAGAACCCUUUCCAUCAGUUUUCUAAUUUGUUUUCGGCCUCAGACAUGUCCAAAUAUUGAUUUGUAGCUUCAUCAUUCUCAUUUGUUUUGGGCCUCAGACAUGUCCAAAUAUUGAUUUGUAGCUUCAUCAUUCUAAUUUGUUUUGGGCCUCAGACAUGUCCAAAUAUUGAUUUGUAGCUUUAUCAUCCCUGGUGAAGAAAGGAAAAGUAUUCUCUUUACGUCUUUUUUGUUUCAUUGCUUCUCUUCAUUUUCACACUCCCAUAAGUUAUCGACUCUUCUCUUGCUUUACAUUUCAAAGCAUGUUUGUGUAGGAUGAAAUGUCCCCUUAUGCCUGUAUUUAUAAUGUAUCAAAGUGGCAUGGAUAUAUAAGGAUGUAUAAUGAAUUUGUAUUUGGUUUUGAACAAUUAUUUAUACGUACCUUCCCAGUUUAGAUUUCUCUACAACACAGUUAGUUAGAAGAUAACAAUAUGGUAAAGCACAAGGGAGAGAUAGCUUAACAACCACCACAGCAAUGUAACUAUGCACAUCAGUGUUGGGACUUGGGACACGCUAUAACCUGUCUGUGACAUCCUCAUAACUGUGACAUACAUAAUCACAACUCUAACAUACAUCAUCAUAAGUAUUGGUUUUGAUAGUUGACCAGGUCAUAUUUGGGAUCAGUCAAAGAUAUUGUAAAUAUACAUAUCAUUACUCAAUUAGAAAGCACAAAAAUAUCUACUACUCAUAUUUUAUUAUCUUUCCAUCUCUCUCUUUCCAUCUCUCUAUCUCUUUCCAUCUCUCUAUCUCUUUCCAUCUCUCUCUUUCCAUC